UGACAGAUAUAUGCAUAGUUGCAAGGCAUGAAGACACGUUAGCAUUCAGUACAGCUGACUCAUGCAGUGUGGCUUAUGUUUUCCUUGCCACGUUUCAUAAGAUAAUAAAUAAAAUAUUGCUGCUUCAUCCAGUUUGGUUUAUAAUUUCUUUCAAAUCGAAUCCUGGGAAGUGAAAAAGAAAUAAAAUUAGAGCAUAGUUUAGUUAGUAACAAAACAAAAAAAAAUAAAAAUGGAUUCAGAUAAAGCAAAAAGAGAAGAUGUUCAUCCUGCUAUUCAUAUAAAAAGUGUUACUACUGCUCCUGCUGAACAUCAGCCUGCUGUUAAAGUUGGAGGACUGGAGUUCUCUAGUGGAAUGCAGCAACAGCAAAAGGAUACUGACACAGAAAGUGACAAACAUUCUUCACAUCAAGGACUAGGAGGUUUCAAAAUUGAAUCACAUAGGAAAGAAGGCGAAGAAGGAAGAGUUCAUGGAGGGAUUCAUCCUCAAGAAACUGGUAAUAAGAAGAAAUCAGAGAGGAAAGCACCUGCACUAGCACCAGCUGCUGUACUAGCUGAAAAUUCCGACGAAAAGGCGAAGGAUUUUGGGGCGUCAGCGUUACAUAAUGCAAAUGAGAAAGAAUCGGCUAGUCACGGGCAUGAUGCUGCAACUUACAGUCAAACAGCACAAGAUGUUAGAAGUGGAUCUCAGUAUGUUGCUGAUAAGGCUGCAGCUGCUAAAGACACUGCCAUUGAAAAAGGUGCACAAGCCAAAGAUGCUGUAAUUCAUGGCCCUCAGAUUGGAUCCGAGUAUGUUGCGGACAAGUCUAGAGUUGCAAAGGACACAAUUCUCGAGAAAGGCCAGCAAGUUUGUGGUGAAACUGUAGAUACCCUAUCGAGGGCAGGACAAACUACGAUGCAAUCAGCACAGCAGGCUAAAGACGGCACCCUGCAAAAAGCAGGGGAGAUGAAAGAUUAUGCUGCUGAAAAGAGCAAGAAUGCAGCAGGAUACAUUAAGCAGAAAGGCGUUGACGCAAAAGAUGCUACUGUGGAAACAGGAAAAAGCGCGGUAGGGUAUGCAGGGGAAGCAGCUAAAACCGUUGCUGAAAAGAGCAGGGAUGCAGCAGUGUAUGCAAAAGACGCCACUGUGGAAACAGGAAAAAGCGCGGUAGGGUAUGCAGGGGAAGCAGCUAAAACCGCGAAGGAUAUGGCUGAAGCGGGAGCUUUUGGUGCUGCACAUUAUACAGCAAAAGGAGCAGCCGCAGCUACAAAAGCCACGGCUGAUGUUGUUUCUAGUGUUGCAGGGUAUGCAGGAGAGAAGGCAGUGGCUGCAAGGGACGCGGUCGCUGGUGCUGGAAAGAGCGUGGCGGAGUAUGCAGGGGACAAAUUGGCUGCUGCUAAAGAUUACGUAGUUUCAGCGGAAGAAGGUGCAGCUGAUUAUGCAGGUAAGAAGAAGUCAGAAACUGAGAGACAAAUAGAAGGUAAUUCCAAGCGAGAAAGCGGAGGCGGAGUUUCUAGCAGAGAAAAGGAGGGCGGAUAGAGCGAGGCGUUGCAGCAGCAGGAGGGAGGCAGUCUGGUUGGAAUAGGGAAGACAACAACACAGUUUGUUGGAGGUGGGAAUAAGCAAUCUCAAACUGGUUAUCAACAGGGAAGUGAGAAAGGGAGUAAAUAAACAAGUGCCUCCCAUUCUGAAGUUUGUUUACAUAUAUUACAUAAUAAUGUGACUGUGAAAAGCAGGUACAUGUAUGUUUGUAUUUUUGUGCCCCUGCUAAACAAGAAUUAUCUUGAAAACUAAGAGAAAUUUGUGUAUGCAUUUUGUUGUUUGCUAAAUGCAAAAUACUCUCCUAGAGAAUGAUCAUAUUUCAUUUUUAGUGA